CGCCACCAUACCGCUCACUUUAGUUUUGUUUUUUUCUUUAUUUUAAUAUUUUCUGGCACUUUGAGUCACAUUUCAAUCUAUUUUUGAAGAUAAAUUAAAAAUAAUAAUACGUUUUGGGAGAAUGGCAGACUCUGCGGCGACAAACAGUGACGGGGAGGACGGACCCAAACAGCCCGUGCGGGGCUUCGCGCGCCAGGGGGCUCUCCGGCAGAAGAACGUGCACGAGGUGAAGGACCACAAAUUCAUCGCGCGCUUCUUCAAACAGCCCACCUUCUGCAGCCACUGCACCGACUUCAUCUGGGGGUUUGGCAAGCAGGGAUUCCAGUGUCAAGGACCCGAGGGCAAAGCAUAAAUUUAAGAUUCACACGUAUUCUAGUCCAACUUUCUGUGACCACUGUGGUUCUCUACUCUACGGCCUCAUACACCAGGGCAUGAGAUGUGACCACUGUAUGAUGAACAUCCACAAGCGCUGCGUGCCCAACGUGCCGAACCUGUGUGGAACGGACCACACCGAGAGGAGAGGUCGCAUCGAAAUCAGCGCUGAUGUCAAGACUAAUGUUCUCACCGUUACCAUCAAAGAGGCCAGGAAUCUGAUUCCCAUGGACCCCAAUGGUCUGUCAGACCCCUACGUGAAGCUCAAACUGAUCCCAGAUCCCCGCAGCGAAAGCAAGCAGAAGACCAAGACCAUAAAGUGCUGCCUGAACCCCGUCUGGAACGAGACUUUUAAAUUCCACCUGAAGGAGUACGAUAAGGACCGCCGUCUGUCUGUGGAGGUGUGGGACUGGGACCUGACCAGCCGCAACGACUUCAUGGGAUCACUGUCCUUCGGCAUCUCAGAGCUCCAGAAACAAGGAGUGGACGGAUGGUUUAAGCUGCUUUCCCAGGAAGAAGGCGAGUACUUCAAUGUUCCAGUGGCUCCAGAGGGGGAGGAGGGCAACGAGGAGCUCCGUCAGAAAUUUGAGAGGGCUAAAAUUGCAGUUGGCAAGAACGCAGAGGGCAAGUCGGCAAAUGCGGCAUCCCGGUUCRACUCCAAUGGCAACCAGGAUCGCAUGAGGUUGUCCGACUUCAACUUCUUGAUGGUUCUGGGAAAGGGCAGCUUCGGCAAGGUGAUGCUGGCAGAGCGUAAAGCGACAGAGGAGCUGUACGCCAUAAAGAUCCUGAAGAAGGAUGUUGUUAUCCAGGACGAUGAUGUAGAGUGCACCAUGGUGGAGAAGAGGGUGUUAGCGUUGACUGGAAAGCCCCCGUUCUUAACACAGCUGCACUCCACUUUCCAGACUAUGGACCGCUUGUAUUUUGUCAUGGAGUACAUCAACGGCGGAGACCUCAUGUAUCAGAUCCAGCAGGCUGGCAGGUUCAAAGAGCCCCACGCUGUCUUCUACGCUGCUGAGAUCGCCAUCGGUCUUUUUUUCCUCCAUCAAAAGGGCAUCAUCUACAGAGAUCUGAAGCUGGACAACGUGAUGCUGGACUGUGAGGGCCAUAUUAAGAUAGCAGAUUUUGGGAUGUGUAAAGAAAAUAUGAAUGAUGGAAUCACAACCAAAACAUUCUGUGGAACACCGGACUACAUCGCUCCCGAGAUUAUAGCCUACCAACCUUAUGGAAAAUCGGUGGACUGGUGGGCCUUUGGAGUUUUGCUGUAUGAGAUGUUGGCCGGACAGCUGAUGACGAAGCAUCCAGCAAAGAGGUUGGGCUGCGGUCCGGAGGGCGAGCGAGACAUCAGGGAGCACAGCUUCUUUCGCUACAUGGACUGGGAGAAAGUGGAGAACAAGGAGGUGCAGCCGCCGUUCAAGCCCAGAGCCAGAAAUCGUCGGGACACCUGCAACUUUGACAAGGAGUUCACCAAGAUGCCAACGGACCUGACGCCAACGGACAAGCUUGUCAUCAUGAACCUGGAUCAGGAUGAGUUCCUCGGCUUCUCCUACACCAACCCAGAAUAUGUGGCUCCUAAUUAACAUCAUACAGGACUGAAACAUAAAAGUAGACAGGUAGGACAAUACAAAGCAGUAAAGGGAGGGAGGGGGAUUUAAAAAAGCACAAAAUUUGCAAUUGUAUUGUUUGGUGAAUAUUUGCUUUCCUUUUAAAUCACACAUUGGUUUGUUUUAUUAAUCCCAAGACUACAACAGCAAAAAUGAAACGAGAUGUUUCAGUUUUAAUGAGAAAUGUUCAAGUUGAUGUAGGCUUUUUAUUUCACUAGGCUGAAAUUCUUGGGACAAAUUGAAAUAUUUUUAUUUAGAGUCACACAGGCUUGGUACGUGGGACACGUUUGCAUGAACUCCUGUUAAAAAAUUUGGCCAACUUUACUGAUUUUGCAUAACUAGCAACCAAGUUGCAAAUUUUUGACUGUGCUACACAAUCACACAAGGUUUUGAAUGAGUCUUGCAAUUCACAAAAUUUCUUACACUCCAGAGUAGUUUGAAAUCGGUUCCACGUUGCCUGCAACAACUUGUGAAUAUUUUGAGGUAAAAAAAAAUAGUUUUGGAAUUGUUCGAAAAUGUUUAAAACUGAAGUUACACGAGAACAAGGCCCUGUGGCUCAUCUGAGAAAACUUUUUGAGACCAUUUGGAAACUCCUCAUGAAUGUUGUUUGCAAUUUAUCAACAGCAGUUGCAGCCCAGUGAGRUAUUUAACUUGAGCUUGCUUGUGUAGAGCAACAGCUAGUUUGGUCUAACAGGAGGAGACUGUGGUAGAUACUUAAUAGAAACCAAAAUGAGCUGACUGUAUGGAUCAAUCGACUGUCAAUGUUUCAAAUAUCAGUUUCACACAAUGGCUGUAAGAAAAACAACUAAAUUAGUUUGCUACUGUAUUUGUGGCAUUGAUCUCUGCAACUGGUUUCGUCAGCUUUAUUAAGUAUUUUGAAGUGAAGUAUUUUUGUGUCUUUUCAUUUUCUGUACAUUACUCUGACAGAAUGGGGGGACUGCCUCUGUCUUCAGACUGUGAUUGUUCUGACAUUCAGGAGUUCGAAGCACAAUAUUUGAAAUUAGCAGAAUGCUUUUACAACACAACUUGUGUGCCAUGACGUUACGGUAGCUAUGUAAAGUUUUAUAUGUCUUUGUAUAAAUGUAUAGAUUUCAUCCAUGACUUCAUUGGUUACAGUCAUCUUCUGCAGCUAUUAUGUAUAAUCAGUUAGACUUUUUGUGUCUUGAUCUGUUUCUCUACACAAACCUGUGCUGGCUGCGCUGUGGGAUCGGUGCACGUUAUACUGGAGGACAGCAGAGUGGGUUUUAAAUGUAUUAUUAGUUUUGUUGGCUUCAAUUCGUAUUCUGCCAAGGCCUCAGUGGGAGCUUAGUGUGGUGUCACAGAGGACGCAAUGCAGCAGUCGGCUGAGAAGYUCGCACACAGAACACACACGCAACGAGGAGAUGCCCCGAGUGAGUCAUUUCACAAACGGCAAUAAUGGCAGCCAUGCUGCUAGUCUUCAUUUUGAAUUUAUUUGUUUGUUUGUUUUGAUGCACUUGCACAUUUUGCUGAAUUGACUGUAUUUUAGGAAAAUAAAAGGGUUGUGCAGCAAAAAUAGAUCUUGAAACACAUGACAGAUUAGGAACAAACAUAAACAUUCUGAUUGAUAUGAUAAUCAUAUGUUUAAGAUUUGAUAUAACACAUUGUGAUACACUAUACCACCUUAAAGAAUAAUAAUACAGUGAUAUUUUACUACCUACUUUUAAAAAAAAUACCUUUCAUAAACAUUUUUUGAAUUAUUAUUUUCUAUAAAACCUGACUUGUUAAACUACACAACAAAUGAGGCCUGGUACAAAGUUAAUAUAACUGCUAGGUGGUAUGAUAUGACACAAUAUAAUGUGAUAUGAYACAUUAAAAUACAAUGACUCAGUACUAUAAAACAUGAGAACAACAAUGGACUUCUAUUUUUAUUUUUCUCAUGGGGAAAUUUAUUUUGCACUCAGUGCUGUCCAUAUGUAAAAGAAAAAGAUUYAUUAAUAAAUGCCAUAUAAAGCAAAGUGAGAUGUAAGAUAUAAAACCAAAUUAUCUAAAAAUACAUAUAUGUACAAGGGAAAUACAUUUAAAUAAGUUGUGUUCACACAGAGAGUCAGCAAGAUCCUCUGAUUCAGGGAUGGGCAACUGGUGGUCCAUGGCCCACAUCGAUUCCAUGUGUGACUUUGGCCUGGCCCACCAAUGACGCACCACCUUAAUCUUUUUUUAGGUUGUAAAMGAGACAUAUAAUGACAGUUUUAUUACACUUGGGCAGUGCUAUGUGGCCCUCUGGUAGUGUCAACAAAACAAUGUGGUCCCUCUCAUCAUAUAAGUUGCCUAUUCCUGGUCUAACUCAUGGCAAGAGUUUAAAAAAAUAAGUAAAAAAAAAGACAGUAAAACUUUGACUUCUAUUAGGUCUAUUGUACAAACCAUUUAGGGGUAUUUUUUUACUCUGCAGUUUUGCUUUUUUUGUUUAGAUAUUGUAAAUCAAACUGUCAGAUUCUGUCACUGUGUCUUUCUCAUACGUACAGCUGCAUGUCUUGCAGCUAAAAGGUGUAAAUAUCUCCUGAUCUCACGGUUCUCCUGUUAACAGCAGUAAACCCUGAAUCAGUCACGUCCCAUCCACAGCUGUCUGUGUGUUUGGAUGACAGAGUCAAUAAAUGUCAGUUUCUGUGCAACUCAAACAUUCUGUAAUUCUGUCUUCAUCUCUGACAUAAAGUUGAAACUUUUUGAUUUAAAAGAAAGUCUCUGUGCCACCAAACUAAACAAAACAAACUUUGUGCAGGAAAUUGAAAUAAAAACUGGUGCACAUCUACAGAAACAAACUCCCGGACCCUUCAGGACCAUCAGGAGUUAAACUAUGCAUGUGAUAAUCUUUCUCAUUUCUUCUUCCAUUUAAUAUGAAUUUAUUCUCUAAAUGUUGGACUGGUGUGCAAUAAUUACUUACUUAUGAAUAGAUAUUUAUGUUGCCUAAUCUGUGAUUAUGAUUUAUUCUGCCACACGUAUUGUUAAUUUGUGCAUAUUAACUGCUUUUCACUGCAUAGARGUAAGAGUCUUCCAUUUCUGUAGUUGUUUAAAUGCAGAUAAACUGCUUUAAGGGUUUAAAAUGUGUUUUUAGUUUUCAUCCUCCAUCCCUCUCUGAACUGACCUUUAUUUGAUUAAUCUUCAUUUUAUUAUUUUUUUCUCCUGACUUUUCUUCCUCAGACUCCUUGUUGUCUCUGCUCAUGUUUGUUCUUUUUGACCUUUUAUUCCUCUCUCUUUUUUUUCUUGAUUACUGUUUACAUUGACUCCUUCUGUUCUCUUCUCUGGUAAUGACCUGAUAUUUCUUCUUCUUCUUCUUCCUCUCCAUUCGUAAGCCUUUUCAGACUUCUUAAUAAUAAAAAUUUAAAUGUAAAUUGACAGCUUCCACUUGAAUUUAGCUCCAGCUUUGACUUUUAGACAGGCAAACUCAAAUUUGGCACCUAUAAGGAUCAUUUUCAGGGAAAAUCCAAACCUGUAUGAAGAUAAU